CGCUGCCGGCACUCCGUACGCCUGGGAGGACUGGUCUGGACGAGCAGAGGGGGCUCCUCUGGCAGCAAUAGGCUGGCAAAGAGUGGCAACGCUGUCUGGAGCCCAAGGGAGCACCUGAAGGGCGCUGGGGGGACGUCCCGUCGAAGGACAGCGGCUCUCACUUCUGGGGGGAGAGGGAGCGGUGGGAAGAGGGAGGAGGAGAAAAAACCGACAGGGGCUGAAGAGUAAAGCGGGAGGAAAGCGAACCGGAGUGCGGAGGAGGAGCUGAAGGCAGCGAGGCGGCGGGCAGGGCUCAGUCGGGUCGGGAGCUGCCAGCCGGAGCGCUCGGCCGGCGGGGCAGGUGCGGGAGCCGCGUACAGCCGCAGGGCGGCGGCAGCCCGAGGGGCAGGGGCUCGGCUGGGCGUCCCGUGGACCCUAUGGUGCGGCUGCGGGACCCGGCUGCUGCUCGCCGCCUUCCGAGGGGGCCCGCGGAGCGGCGCGGGGCAGCGCAACCCGCCGGUACCCGGCUGGCAUGAAGAACCUGCCGAUCCUCCUUCUCCUUUCUCUCAGCUGGAACCUGGGGCGGGUGAAUGGCGUCCAUCCAGAGUGCAGAUUUCAGCUGGAGAUUCACAAGGAGGAAUCAAAGUGCAUGGAACUUUUAAAGCAUGCAAAACCAGUGGACUACAAAGGAUGUGUUGGAGUUUGGGAUAACAUCACCUGUUGGCGUCCUGCAAGGAUUGGAGAGACUGUCACUGUCCCUUGCCCAAAAAUAUUUAGCCUUUUUUCUGGAAAACCAGGAAAUAUUAGCAAAAAUUGUACCAGUAAUGGAUGGUCAGAUAUUUUUCCUGACAUCUUAAGUACAUGUGGAUAUAAUGACUAUGAGGACGAUUAUAAGGUCAACUUCUAUGUAAGAGUGAAGGCAAUUUAUACCCUUGGUCACAGCGUAUCUCUGAUUGCUCUCACAACAGGAAGUAUAAUUCUUUGCCUUUUCAGAAAACUUCACUGUACUCGGAACUACAUCCAUCUGAACCUGUUCCUCUCCUUCAUUCUAAGAGCAAUCUCUGUUUUAGUCAAGGAUGAUAUUCUCUAUUCCAGCUCCAACACAGCUCACUGUCCAGAGGACCAAACCUCAUGGGUGGGCUGCAAAGCUAUUUUGGUGUUUUUCCAGUAUGGUGUUAUGGCGAACUUUUACUGGCUAUUAGUUGAAGGACUUUACCUCCACAUCCUCCUUGUGUUAAUAUUCUCCCCCAACAGACACUUCCCAGUCUAUCUGCUGAUUGGAUGGGGAAUUCCUACCAUAUUCAUUAUUACAUGGACAGUGACACGGAUUAUUUUAGAGGACACUGGUUGCUGGGAUACAAAUGAGCAUGGUGGUCCUUGGUGGGUUAUACGAAUACCAAUUUUAAUUUCUAUUAUAGUGAAUUUUAUACUUUUCAUCAGUAUUAUAAGAAUCCUACUCCAGAAGUUAAGAUCACCAGAUGUGGGAGGAAAUGACCAGUCACAGUACAAGAGACUUGCAAAAUCCACGUUGUUGCUUAUUCCAUUAUUUGGAGUUCACUACACAGUGUUUGCUCUGUUUCCUGACCGCAGUUCCAACAAUUACAAAAUAAUCUUUGAGUUGUGUUUGGGAUCUUUUCAGGGAUUGAUUGUUGCAGUCCUGUACUGUUUUCUGAACAGUGAGGUACAAGGAGAGCUAAAAAGAAAAUGGCGGAGUUUGUGCUGGAAGCAGACAGCAGGCAGAGACUACAGACUACACAGCUCCAUUUCUCGAAAUGGGUCAGAAAGUGUUUCUCAGCUCCAUCGGAAUUCAAGGGCUCAGUCAUUCAUGCAGACAGAGACCACCAUGAUAUAAAUGACCUGGGUUCCCAAAACAUGCAAAAACUGUGGGAUACAUUUGUAAUAUGCAGCUUAAUGUGGUAUUUUUUAUAAUGUACAGUUUAUUGCUUUGCUUUUCUAUAUGUUGAUACUUGGAAAAUUGAUUUGUGCAGUCAGCCAGGUAAUAACAAAGAUACCUGCCCCAUGGAUGGUUUAUGUUCUUUUUAUCCAUGACAUUCAUACUAGUUUUUAUGUUCUCUUGCCACGUAUUAGCCAUAACUAUUCAAAAACUCAUUUACUGUGAAGGUCCCUUUUGCCUCCAGCCUGCUUGUGAAACAGAAGUGUGGGAUCCUAUUCAAUGUAGGUUGCUUUGGUACCUGUUGAAAAGGUUAUGAUCGGAAGCAGGAAAGUUUCUUAAACUAUAUUUAUACUUAAGGUAAUACUACUUUCCUUAAGGAUUAGAAAAUUCUUUCCUAAUUAUGGAAAACAAAAGAAAAAUAAAGAAAUGUGAGGCUAUAAUUAACCACACUGGGAGCUUAGUGUGCUAAUCUGGGAAAUCAUUAACUUUACAGAGAGUGGAAAAAAAAGAAGUAAGGCUUAUUAGCUUAAUUGCAUAGCUAAGAAUUGCAGAGGUUAAUUUCUACAGUUUGAUUCCUAUCCUGUUGUCCCCUUUGAAACUGCAUGUUUUUUACGUUCUGGUGCUGAACAUAGGAUUGCCUUUGCAGUCCAAGGCUGUUGUAAUCAUUCUGAUUAAAACAUCAGCAUUUGCCAGUAGUGCUGUUCUAAUCACCAGUCGUACUUUUCUGUUUAAAAUCAAAGAGAUUUGUGUUGAUCUUUUAUUAAACAGUUUUGUGAAGAGGUGUUUUAUUGCUAGAGCCGUCUAUCAUAAGAUGAACAGCCUUGGAGAGUGUUACCCAUUGAAAGUAUCAUUUUUAUUUAAUAUUUUCAUUGAAUUAUGUCUCUAGAACUACAUACUUGGCAGCUGAAACAAGAGGUAUUGCAGUAACAUUAGAACCUCCAUUUAAGGAAUAAUGUAAAUUCUCUUAGUUUGAUUCUAUUCUGUAUCUAUCUGAGCUGAUGUUAAAUUCUAUUGCGGCCAUGACUCCAAAAAAAUAAACACAAUGCCUAAAAAUGACCAUAAAAGGCAUAAAUAGAAGGGAUUCUCAGCUACACCAAGCCUCCUAUGCAGCCACUUUGUGAAAAAAAAAGACAAGGAACUGACAAGAUCUUAUAAAUACACACAGAACAUUUGCAGUUUUAAAAGAAAGAAAUGAUGUUUACUUUUCAUGUUCUGUUUAACCAUGUCCACACUAAAUGACAAGUUUAGCAUGAGCACUGUUGAUUGAUAACAGCAAUUGCCCUGAAACCUCAGAUGAUAGAUCAUAUGAAGCCAGCAGAAUCCAAGGUCAGUAAUACAGCCAAGGAAAGGGAAGAAUAGUGGCAAGGGAAUGUCUUGGCAGGCAUUCAUGUACACUCCUGAAAAUAUUAGCGGGAGUACAGUUGGCAGUUAUCAGAGUGCCUGUGCACCUCUUGUUCUGAUUUGAUUUAGCUAUUUAUUGGUCAAACAUCAUGUGUUGUAAUGGGAUUACACUGGAGCAAUACACAGUUCUGUCAGAUCAAAGACAGGAACGCCCCAAGACUGCCCCAUGGGCAGCACUCACCAGUGUUGUGUGACACCGACUUUCAUUGUGCUUUAUGCAACAAUUUGCAUGUCUGUAAAGACCAGAGGGCAAUGUUCUCACUUCUUUCUACUUCCAGAGAAUUCCCAUAUCCAAAUAACUUCAUGCAAAUUUCAAGCAUCAUCCCGUCAUCGUGGAACUUGACUUCCACCUGCCUUCUCACACAAAGUCCACAUUACACUAAAAUGUGUGCAAAAACUGAAAAUCAGUUUGGUGAAUCUAUCAUUUGUUCGGUGUUUCACAUCUCUACGAUGCACUGAAAUAGCUUUGUCUUGCAUUAGAUUUUACACAGCACUGUGGAGUCAGAUGGUCCUGCUGGUGACUCUUCAGAGUAAAAAGGACAACACAAGAAAACAUUUCACUCUCUCAUCCCUGAACAUAGUUCAUAUUCAGUCUUAGUAGCAUCAGGGGAGGAGGUGGAUGAAGUAGUGAAGGUGUAUACUCUGCCUGUAGGGCCUUGUGAUUUAGUUCUACUUCUCUUCAUUCUUUUACUGCCUUUCUCACUUUGGUUGCAUCAGGAUCCAAACCGAGUCAUAAAAGCUCCAGAGCAGGAACCCUGCUGGAUUAUAUUCCCACUGAAAAGCCAAUAGCACGUCAUGUGUGCUGCUGGGUUAACUAAACAAGAACGGUGACAAGAUUCUCUCUUGUACUGUACUUAGUGGUUGUGCUUUACUGCCUUGGAGCCAGGCAGGCAACACCAUUCAUUUUGAGUGAUUUUUAUCACAUUACCUGCUGUUAGUGGCCAAGGGACACAUGGACAGCUUACUGCCUAGUUGCUCAUGGUGAUCAGAGCCUAAAUAUAUAAAAUUAACUUAAAUUUCCUCUUUAGAGAUGAUGAUUUUAGGUAGGUGCUUGAUAAAUACAAGUAAAAUUUAUUUACCCUUAUUUAUGCCCUUAAAAGCCUAAUGUCUGUUUCUGAGCUAAAGACUCAUUUUAAGUGCCUUCCAUAUUGGUCAUAAAGAAGUAGGCGCUAGUUGUAGGUGAUUCAUCCCAUGUUCUGGUGUGCAUCUACAGCACAUGAACUGAAUCACAUUUUUUUCCUGUGUUUACUAUAAAUUGAGCUGAGGGUAGGGUAGGGUGGAGUGGAGUAGAAUAGAAUAAAACUGAAUUGAACAGAACUUAAAGAUUUCUCACCCUAUGUCUACAGUUAGGCCUCUCCAGAAGAGUCUGUUCAGUUGUGUUGCUAUCAGAUGGUAACUAACUUUGCUCUUCUAAGCCACGUAAGCUGAUUGACAAAACUUAUCCUCCCAUAAACGUUCAUAUGAAGGCAAUGAAUGAUCCCUACCUACUCCAUUCGGUGAGAUGUCCCUGUGGUUGAUUGCCCUCCAUGAUAAACCCAAUGGCCUUAUGACCUGUAGUGAUUUGCCUAGGUCCAGCUUUCAGCAGUUGUUUUUUCAGGUGUUUGCCUUUUUGCCUUUCAUAGAUGGGUCAUACACUAAAACAAAGUGCUUGUGAAUACUAGAAAUCUCUUGAAUCACACUUGAAACCAUCUUAAUUUCCUGAGAAACUAAACAUCUCUAAAAUUCUGAAUCCAAGGCAUUUCCUCAAAUGUUUUUUCCUGUUUCCCUUCUUUGCCUCAUCUAAAUUUAGAAUAGUUUCAUCUACAGAAAAACAGCAGUGCUGGUUUCCAUGAAGGGUUGUGUUUAACAUGUAUUGUAGCAGCUACUCAGUGCAUACCACGCUGGAGUGCACUGGAGCCAUGUAAUACAGGAAAUACUUCUACAAGCAAAAGUUCCUUCACAUUACCACGAGUGCCUAAAUAAGCUGUGGGCCGUCAGUACUACCGCCUUGACAUAGCCAAACAGCAGCAGGUAGUAUACAGUACUAUUCUGUUGCUCAAAUGAAAAGCAUCAAAACAAUAAAUUCUGACAUUAAUAUUAUAAGAGUAUAUCAGCACAUAUCAGUAAACCAGUGUGUCAGCUACUUAAAAAAGCAUUCUUUGAUAGGAUUUAACCAUUCUGCAUUUAACCUGGUUCUGCCCAAUGAUGACAGUAUGUUCAUACCAUUUCCACUGUCAGCAAAAACAGUGGCUGAAAUGUCCCCAAAUUCUUUAUUCGCCAAAGCACCAUAGUAAGUUUCUCAUAACCUGCAGCUUUCCCCCCCUCCCUGUAGCAUUAAUAUGGAUAUUGCUUUGGAAUUCUCUUUUGUUGUCGUUAUAACUUUUAAUCUGUUGAGUGUAGUAACAAUUAAAGAUGAUGUAAAUGAAUGUGAUUAUUUUUUACAAAAUGUACAGAAUAUGAUGUAUAGAUUAAUGCGUGUAAAUAGAUUUCCUUUUCAUACUUUAAUUCACUAAACAUUUCCUCUGGUUUUACUCUUCUUUUUUUGUUCUGUGUCACCCACCUAACAGCCCUCUCUGUGAUGUUGUAUAUAAAGCUGUGAACAAACAAGCGUUUACAUCUUCACGCUAUAAGUGAUAACAGUAAUUAAGAACACCAUGAUGAACUGAAGAGGAGUCAGAAUAAAAAGUUUAAAGAUUUUGCACAGAA